GAAAAGAAGUGACAGCCAAAAAUUGAUUCAUUCAUAUCACAAACGUCACAAGACAAAGAUAUAAAUUUGCAAUUUUCCUUGUGAAAAUAAGAAUAAUUCUUGCAUCAGAAAUCGGGAAACAGAUUUUGAUUCCGUGAAAAAAUCAAUCAACCUAUUGUCCCUCAAUUAAAGUGUAUAAAUAAACAAUUAAAAAUGCCGCGACGUGGACGAUCAGCCUCACCACCUCCAGCCCAGCGAAGACAAAUGUCUACUGCACCAGCUGCUCGGCCAUCUCCUCCACCAGCAGCUAGACCUGCUCCCCCGCCAUCGGCAGUUGCUCCAACAGCUGCUCCAAGUGCUGUGUCUCCCACAAUGGCCGCGCCAGCACAACCAUCCAUGUUCCAACAAAUGGCAGCUACAGCUGGAGGUGUUGCCAUCGGUUCAGCAGUUGGUCACACUGUCGGAGCGAUGAUAACUGGUGGUAUGGGUGGUGGUGGACACAGCGAUGCACCUGCUGCGCCACAAGCUGCUCCACAACCAAUUACGAAUAGUGCACAGGAACCGUCUGGUGCUUGUGCUUGGGAAAUAAAGCAAUUCUUGCAAUGUGCUCAAGGCCAAUCCGACAUAACUCUUUGCGAAGGCUUCAAUGAGGCUCUACGCCAAUGCAAGGCACAGCAUGGAUUUGCUUAAGGCAAAGUAUCCAAUCCAACCGACCCGGAACACCUCAUCAGUUGCGAGUGGAAAUAACGAAAUUUUUAGUGAAAUAUUGUUAAUGUGGCUGAUAAAUUAGAUUUGCAGAAUAAUGCCAAAAUAUAAAUUCAUUCUCUGAAUAA